CCCUACCCGCUAGUUAUACUACAACUCAAAUUUAGAUCCGUUUAUUAACCGGGUUAUCCAUCUGAACCCGAAUAUACUCGUUUAGCCGCCCAGCUGCUCUGGAUCGAGUCCGAGAACAAUUCCUCUCACUUCGUCAAUUUCCGGUUGAACCAGAAGGGUUUGAGAUUUAGGUCAAAUUUGCGAUGGCGAGUACUGUAGACGCUGCAUCAGAACCUGUUCCGACAUCGGCGGUGCUGAUGUCAGCAUCGAAGCACAUUGCGACGAGAUGCAGAGGUGAAAAUGUUGCGUUUCUCAAGUGUAAGAAGGAGGAUCCGAACCCUGAGAAGUGCCUUGAUAAAGGCAGACAAGUUACUCGCUGUGUUUUGUCAUUGUUGAAAGAUCUUCAUCAGAAGUGUACAAAAGAGAUGGAUGCUUAUGCGGGCUGCAUGUACUACAACACUGAUGAAUUUGAAUUAUGCCGCAAAGAGCAGAAGGAGUUCGAGAAAGCUUGCCCUUUAAAUUAAGCAGAAAUUUCUUAAAUUUCACCCCACUCAUAAUAAUUCUGGCCCGUUUUCCGAGCGUGAACAUUCAUUCGAGUUUUUUCUAUGCAAACUCAUGGGAUGCUUUUUGCAUGCAAUUACUUGAGUUACAUUUUCAUACUGUGAUUAUAGAUUGUGUUUUAAUAUGUUGUAAUCACCAUACUUGAAUAGCUUUGAAGCUUCCCACCAGAGCAAAAUUGUUUCAAUUUGACAUGGGUUCUUGGUUUGUGUUAAAA